AUGUCUGGUAAAGAAGCAAACCAAGCAUGGAUUUUUGAGGCGUUGCUAGAGAAAAGUGGUGAUUGUUAUAUAGAAGCCAUUACCUCACAAAGAACGGGAUGCAUCGCUAUGCCUGGAAGGGCGCAUGUAUUAUUGCCUAAGAGUGUAUACGCGCAUGUUGGCACAUCGAGAGCAUCGAAGGCACUAGUACACGAUCAUAGGAAUAUUGAAAUCUUAUCCCGACGAUGCAAACGUGCUCAAUAUCCAGUCCUUGAAAGUCGAUCGUUGUUCGUGGACUGGGGGACUUCAAGAGCCAUAUGA